AUGCGUUACGCAGUCCGUUUCCUUCAAUAUUUUACUCCAUGGGCAGGUAUUAUUCUAUUAGAUCCAACACCACCCACCGUAUUUGAACGAGAAAGUCCAGUAGUAACGGAUAUGGAUCGUUUAGGUUCCAUAUGUAGAAUUAUGCUUCGUGCCGCUUUCUGUGGUUUGCUGAGACUAGUUUCAUUCUUGUUCGAUUAUUUCGGAGUUGGUGAUUUCUUUCAUCCUUCGCAACCAGGUUACAUUGCUAUUUUAAUGACGCAAACCAUGUUAAAAAAGCUUGAAAAUCAAUUACGUUGCUGUUACACUAUUCCGGAUUAUGUAUCAAAGCAACCGAAGGAUGCUAUGAUUGAUAGAAAUCUACCUUUGCUAGUUGUAAGUGCACCGGAUUUGAGCAAAAAACAACCUCGUGGUGGUCUCACUGGAGAGGAAACUCUUCAAUGA